UGGACAGUCGCAGCAGUAGCAGCAGCAGCUAACAGAGGGAGCGCAGAGGAAAAUCGAUUGUAUUGAAACGCAGGCUCUUUCCACUGGAUCGGGGAAAAUCGGGAAAACGCAUAAGCAACCGUACGGUUUAAGCGCUGCCAUCCCGUGCUGCAAUAGAUUCCCCUGGAGUACGCGUAACUGUGCAAUACUGUGAUUGUGAUACAGUCAGGCGCAGAGUUACGGGCAUACGCAAAAGAGAAGUGAAAAUUCUAUAUUCCGUUUUUGUUUUCUGACGAAACAAGCGCCCACCAAUAGUCUUGUAUUCUCGUAUGCGUGUGUGUACAUCUUGUAUGGAAAGUGUGCAAAGGAAGCAGUGUGCUUUUCGAUAACUACCCGAUAGUGAAUAAUUGGCGUUAUAGAAAUUACGCCAUAAGUUCCGAUUUCGUGCGUUCCUCGGAUACGGAAGGGAAACUAGGUAUAAAAAAGAGCAAGGUAAUCGUGAAACAAAGUGCUCAGAAGAUUCCAAGUCGGAAAGGAAGGGGCAAAACAACACAAGCAGCAGCAACAACAACAACAGCAACACAAAAUUAAACAAGAAAAAAAAAUCGUACGAAUGUGUGCAAAAGUGCGCGAGUGAGAAGGCAAGUGAAAAGAACAUCCUCCAAGUGCACGGAAGGAGUAGUAGCGCGGCCGUUGUUUCUAUCGAUUUCACGAGGUGAAUUUGGAGCAGAAAUGUCAAUCUGAAAAAUCUGCUUCAAAGCAUUGAAAAAAUACUGAAUCGGCGGCCUGUUUAAAGCAACACAUAAGUUUACAACCAUUGCUACCAAUUCUUCCUAGAAUUAAAAGCCACUAGAAAGCUUUUUUGUUCAACACAGCGAGCUAAGAAUGUUGGGUAGUGGAAAAAAUAUCCAGUCCCAAUUUUAGAAAAGCGCUCGUUAUCGGUUCGUCGAUCACAAACACGCGUGUGAAUAAAUUCGGUGGGUGUUUGUGGCGUACAGGGAAUAGGUUUUUCUCGCGGAUUUACGUACGGGUUUUGCUUAAAGUGGUCAGCCAUACCGGUAAACAAUACCGUAUACAGUAUCGAUUAAUCACCCAAUGAGUUCCGGUCUGGGCAGCGGAGAAAGGCCGUAGAAAAUAUAAAGCUUGUGUGGAUUAAGUAAAAAGCAAUCACAGUCAAGUGUGGAAAUACUAGCAAAAAGCAAGGAACCGGAAACCGGGAUACUUCCUUCGUUUAGUAGGCACUCUACUUGUCCAUCUUUCCCGAAACCGUGGAGAAUCAUUUCCGGAACGCAAGUAUAACGCAAACGUUGGCUUUCAGCACAUUUGCCUACCACCCAACAUCAUGGAGAUUGUUGGGAGUUUUGAGUAUAACAGCAAAGAACUGAUUGGCCAUGGUGCCUUCGCGGUUGUCUUCAAGGGACGCCAUCGAGAGCAACACUACCCGGUGGCAAUCAAAAGUAUCACGAAGAAAAGCCUGGCAAAAUCACAGAGUCUGCUCGGGAAGGAGAUUAAAAUUCUGCAAGAGCUCAGCGCUCUCAAGCACAAAAAUGUGGUAAAGUUGCUGGCCUGCACUGAGAAAGAUCAUAACGUGUUCCUAGUUAUGGAGUACUGCAAUGGGGGUGAUUUGGCUGACUAUCUUGCAGUAAAAGGAACACUCAGUGAGGAUACGAUACGAUUGUUUCUUGGCCAAUUGGCGAACGCGAUGAAAGCACUUUACCAGGCUGGAGUUGUUCAUCGAGAUUUGAAACCGCAAAACAUUCUACUCUCACACAACUGUGGAAAGGGGUUGCCUGUACCAGCAAAAAUUACGCUCAAGAUAGCUGAUUUUGGGUUCGCCCGGUUUCUACAAGAUGGAAACAUGGCAGCAACCCUCUGCGGUUCACCCAUGUACAUGGCUCCCGAAGUGAUCAUGUCACUGCAGUACGAUGCCAAAGCAGAUCUCUGGUCACUGGGGACCAUUGUUUUCCAGUGUCUCACAGGGAAGGCACCAUUCCAGGCCCACACGCCGCAGGAGCUGAAGAUGUUUUACGAACGGAACGCCAACCUGGCCCCAAAGAUUCCACCCGGUACUUCCAACGAGCUCACAGACUUGCUCAUGGGGCUGCUGCGACGUAACGCAAAGGAGCGGAUGAAGUUCGACACCUUCUUCAACCAUGCUUUUCUGCAACGUGCACAGACGCCGCAGAGUCACAACGAUCCUACACAACCAGCGUCUGGAAAUGCAACUCUUUUCACUGCUCCGGGUAAAGUCAGUAGUCCGCACCAGAAAACGGCGCCAAUUGCACCACAACAACAGCAGCAGCAUCAACAUCAACAUCAACAUCAACAUCAGCAACAACAACAACAACAACAACAGCAACAACAACAGAAGCAGCAUCAUCAGCAGCAAUUCCAUCAACAGCAACAGCAGCAACAACAGCAGCUACAGCUUAAACAACAAAAACAGCUACACUUGCAGGAACUACAGAAACAGCAAACGGUCGAAAAUAACAACGUGCCGAUUGCCGAGAUUGAUGAUAGUGUGGCAACGCUUAGGUCGAACAACACAUCCAACAGUAGUCCCGAAGAGUCGGAUGACUUUGUGCUAGUGCCGAACAACCUUCCGGUCGAUCCGAGUCAUGGUGGCAGCUAUGACAAGAGCAAACCAACUCGAGUGCCUCAACCAAUGUCUCAGGCUCAGGCGAGUCCUCCGCGUCCGAGCACGCUACCAAUCUCGGAACCCAAACCCGUCCCAACGGCUGCUAGAAAGUCGUCUCGUCCCCAGGCGCAAACUCCACCAAAGAAUAAUUCAAUACCUCGAUCGGAGCCGAUUAAUAUGAAGCGAUCGGAACAUCGAAGCAGUAACUGUGAUAUCAGAUCGAUUUCACCACCGGCAGUGCAGUUUGCCAUCGGAACGCCUCCAUCCUGCGGUCGUCGGCGCUCGACUUCCGGUGGUUCACUCUCCGAGACACCCCCGCCUCCAAGCUGCUGGACAGUCAGCCCAGCCUCCCACCAGUCACCGUUGCGUCGCUCCGGGACCAGUUCGCCGGUGCUGAACAAUGCACUCUCGAAGUUGCCCGCCCUCGGCAGCCCAACACUCAUGGCCGGCACGGAGAACAACAACCAUCACGCCCUUCCAUUGACGGCACGAGCUUUUACGCUUCCGGAAAUGGGUGCCACGGGAGGACUUCAAAGCUACCUGGACGAUCACAACAUCGACGAUCAUCCGAUCAAUUUCCAUGCCCCGGAGCUGCACGAGGAAACGCUGCUUGAUCGGGAUCACAACGAAACAUUGGCGAAGCUCAACUUUGUAAUCGCCUUGACGGACUGCAUUCUGGAGGUGGCCGAUUCCCGCUGUGCGCCCCUGUCCGCGCUGAUGUCGGCAAACGCACAGCCCACGGCACCGCAUCCACCGGAGUACUGCAAACGGGCCGAACGAUUGGUGCUGCUGGUGCGGGCACUGCAUCUCUUGUCAUCCGGUCUCAACCUAGCCUCAGCCCAGAUACAGGCUGGCAAUCUUAAGCCUUCCAACAGCGUGAAGAAUGUCUUAACCAUGAUGCACGCCAAGUACCGAUCCACGUUGAUCGAAUCGAAGAAGCUGAACGGUGCCGGGCUGCUGCAGCGUGCUAACGCCAGCAAUAUAACUGCUGAUAAAAUACUCUACGAGUACGCUAUGCAAAUGUGUGAGGCAGCUGCGGUAGACGAACUGUUCAAUAAACCGGCAGAGUGUUUCCCCCGGUAUCAAUCUGCUCAAAUUCUGCUCCACUCGUUGGCCCAAAAAUGCAAACAUCCACAGGACAAGAUACUUCUUUCCAAAUACAAGGAAGCCGUCGAGAAGCGGCUAUACAUCCUGAAGGGGCAGGGCUACAUUUACACCACAGACGAACUCUCAUGAAUGCGCCCCAUCGUCUACUAGUAUCGUGUGAUGGUUAGAUCUCGUGAAGCUGCAUGAUAUCGAACACUUUUUGGUAAAACACACCUUUUCCUUCUGCUGAUACACUCAGCUUUGAGUUCGUUGGUUUCACUCUCACUAAAUCUGAGAUGCGUGCUUUAUUAAUAUUGUGUGGCUAGGUUUGUCAUAAUUUCAUUACAUUUCUUCAACCUGGUGAUGAACGAUAGAACAAAACAUUGGUUAAUAUUGUGGAUGUUUUUUUCAGAUAUCAGUUGUAUUUUUGAAUGUGAGGCUUUAUUUCCUCCGGCAUGAAUUGGCAAAACAGAGCAGACAUGUUUGUACAAGUGUAAAGGAAGAUUUGUUGGGGUUUGUGUUUUCUCCCAUUUUCAGCGGAGGUGAAAACUGUCAAAAUAAGCCUACGAGCACCCAUAUGCCACAACAAGCGUAUGAUACAUCGUCGUGAGGACCUAUACCGUACUGUAAAUAAUGUUGCAGCAAAUAUAACGUUUCGCGCAGGUAUCAAUGUUAGGGAACUAUUCGAGUAUCUUCGACCACACUACUGUACACUUUGACGCAACCCGAAGGCCCUGAAUGCUCGAUUAUCUUACGAAAGGUUCCUUCUGUUAACAGAUGUCUUUCCAGAAGGUUACGUUAAGAUAUUGGACAUUUUUAAGACGACUAGUCAGGGAAAAGAUGAGGAGACGGAGGGAUGGGGGACCGGGUCAUAUUGUAAAUAAAGCGAAGGCGUCUAACGUAUACUAGGUGAACAUGUGGUGGUCUCACGGUACCGAAAAGCUCCGUACGCUUGUCUUAGUAUAGCUGGAUAGCGCUAUGAAGUGUGGUUGGUCUCAAUCCCUUCGAAGAAAUUGGUAAGACGCAAGUAAUCCAACCGAUUUGGGAUUUGUAUCAUAAAUAAAAACUUUAACCCGUGAAUGAGCAGUCGCAAAAGAAGGUAAACAUAAAUUGGAAGGCACUCUGGUUCGGUUAACCCUAUCUGAGUUAUCCGCAAAUCCAUUUUGACCAUACUAUUGAACGGCAAAGUAAAACUAAUAAACACCAUAAUGUGCAUGGUAUCGACAGCAUAUAAUAAUAAUCGAGAUACAUAUAACGAUUCAAGCCAAUGGGCGACGUACUCCUGCGCAGCGCUUUUGUUAAUGCACCUCAUUUUGACAGUAGUUUCGAUCGCGCUUAAUCGACGUUCAGACAUUCAGGUCAAUCGAGUUAGUUUCCUUUUGGCAUUCGAAUGAGGGUGUUCCCUUCAAGCAAACUUUAGCAAACGCAAUGUCCUGCAAAGGAGAAAACGAGUGAUUACAAAGAGAUUCUACAAUCGAAGUGAUAACAGAAAUGAAGGGAAGAAAUGUGGAGUAGAAAUGGUAAAUAGAUAGAUGUCGUACGUGAGUGCUUUUUAUUCCUAAUUCCUCUGCCUCAUGCUUAUCUAUACUUUCGUAAGUAAUACAAACCUCCCUGGACUCAUGAUAGUAGUACCUAAGUACAAAUGAAUAAACGAGAUCAUUUAAUGAAAGAAGCUACACCUUUAUAUUAUAUUCUAAGAAAGCACGCAGGAUACAUGCGAUUGGUGGCAGCCGCGAACAAGAUACCGUUUGCCACCUCUUUACAUAAUGAUAGGCUACGUUCUUGAAUCGAUUGGUCGCUUCAAAGAAAUAACAAUAACAGUGUCCCUAUCCCGAAUGUAAUAAAAGAUACACCGCAGUAAACAAACCGUGGCGCAGUCAUUCAACAACAUUUUUAUUAAAAAUGGACAUCUAAAGUUUCAUUGCAUGAAAUGCAGUUGUAAAAUGAAAGUAAGGGAGGGAUAUGAUGCAACCAAAAUCUCUCCUGGCUAAAUACUACUGUAACACAAAACAACAAGUGUAACUAACAUUGCACCUAUACCUGUAUUGUUAACUCCAAAUGAGCUAGUAACUAAGUACGUUUGGAAUAAAAGGUAUAGUGAGUUAUAAAAGAAGAAUCCUCCCAAUCCAUUGAGUCAUUCGACAGUGGACUGCGAUGAGUAGAAACUAUGGGAGAAGGAUUGAGUAUGUAUGUAUAUGGAAGAAAAAUUCAAAUAAACAUCGUAACUGUGAAAAAGAAACAGUUAAACUAGUCUAAUGAGCGAGUUCCACUCGGCAAGAUCCAUAUGUGGCGCGGUGGCAAGCGAAUGUUACAAGGAUUAUCGCAAGAAAACAAUAUAUAUAAAAAAGAAUUAUAAAUAAAAUCUGUAAU